GACCUUGAACAAACUUUCCGUUGUGUAACUUACAUAGCAUGACAUACCGUGGAUUGCUAACAAAUACAUUGUUGCACACAUAUCCCUUGUUCUACAUUCAUUUAUGAUUGAGUUAACUGAAGCCCAAAUAGAAGAUUAUCAACAUUUAUAGACUGUGAUUGGGAAUGUAUCAUACCUUUCAUUGGAGAGUUCAUCAACUUGAUUGGUAUAAUCAAACAUUUAUAAUUGUGGAUUUUCAACACCAGACCAAAUGCGGACACGCAUCAAUUUAGUGAAUUUAAAUGGAAUUUCAUCAGCUUUCGCUUCGUCAUCAUUCUCAACUAUUUUAUCAUUGUCAUCGUUUAGAUCUGUAUUAUCAAAUAAUAAUAAUUUAAUAUUAGCUACUGGAUCAGCAUGUCCAUCAAAUCCUGGAAUUGUAUGUAGUCAUGAUUAUUUAUUAGUGGAUGAUCGUAUAUCUAAUGUUUAUGACGGUACAAUAUACCAAUAAUUCGUUUUUGUUUAAUCAAUAAUUCCACAUUGAAAACAAUCGCCACAAAGACAAAAACAAAAUUACCAGAAGUAGAAAUGAUCAAUUCAUCAUUAUCUUUUUCUUCUUCCUCGAUCUCCUCUGGAUCAUUUUCAUUGAAUUCAAUAGAUUAUAAUAAAUUAUAUGCACCAGAUGAAUCAUAUUUAGUUGGGCAAAUUUAUGGUCUAAUCAGUAAUGUAGACGGUUUACAGUUUACAUCAAAUUGAAAUUUAUUAGAUCCAUAUAUUAUUCAUGGAAAAGGCAUAGUGUUAGAAUAUAUUGCUGAUGAACGUGCCACAUUUGUUGUAUAAAUCACUAAACAUUUACAAGAAAUGGGGAAAAAACACAAAAUUAUCCUUAAAUAGUAAUCAAUUGAAUAUGAACAAUAGCAGUGAUAUGAUGUUGAAGACUUUGACAACUAUCGACCAAUGAGAAUUAAACACUACACACAUUCAUCAUUGUAUUUGAAAGCCGCCAAUCAUAAUGAUCAAGUUCCACAUGUUUCAUCAGGUAAUUAAAACAAACCAGAGGGACACAUUCAAUAUGUAUAUGUAUGUAUAUCAAGUACUCAUGCAGUAUAGCCACUGAACUAAUAACUAAUCAUAAUUAUUAUACUGAUCAGUCUAUAAAUUAAAUGGUGUAUAUUGUGAUAAUUAUGUAUAGAAAGGACUAUUUUAACACCGACUAGUGUAACCAUUUCAUAAUUAUCUGGAAAAGUUGAUAAAGGUCUGUCUAUAUGAUGCAUCUUUUUAUCAUGUAAUAAAUGUGUAGUGAACAAGAACACCAAUGGGGAUAACUAAAUUUAUUUGAGUAUAACAUUACAGAAUCUCUUAGUAAAAUCUUAGAACCAUACAGUAAAUACUUCAUUUGCAAAGUGGUAAUUAAUUGUUUCAGACUUGAUUGUUCCUUCGUUUCUACACCAAUCAUUAUCUGUUUUCAUUCUCUUCGAUCUUCUUAACCUUCUACCACCAGGCAUUUCACUUUCGACUGAUGAUACAUACUACUUAUAUCAGUCGACAUCAGAACACACCACAAAUAUAUUAAUAACAGAUCUAAACACACACAUAUUGAUAAGAGAAAGUAACUUGAAAUUAAUGUUGAUAGUUCUUUAUGAAGUAUACACUUUUUUAUAUAUAAUUGUCUUUGAGUAACAUUUUCAUUGUAUCGGAACUACCAGUGAUACUACUGAUUUACUACUGAAAUCAAAGUCAAUCGUGAAUAGAACAUGAAUACCUGAUUGAUUGAUGGAUGGAUGGAUGGAUGAACUGUGCAAGUAAUAAAAUAAACCCUGAUGCUUGAAUUGAAUAUAAAUAUAAAUCCUAACUGUAUGUACUAAUGCGGUGUUGUGUUAAUAGCUUACACAAUUUAUCACGUUACUUCAAUACUGAAAAUGUUGCAUCAAGCUACUCCAGUUGUUCGUAUAAUGUUCUCUUUAUUAUUAAUAAUCUUUUGAUAAGUAGAAAGCA